UCCAAAACCUGCCCUCCUCCCCUUCGCCAGCAAGCUGCAAACGUGAAGGUCACUAAGCAGGCGGUCCCUUGGGGCUGCCCUGGUGUGCUUCAUGGGGGACAGAGCAAACUCCUAAGGACACCAACCUCAGGGCGAUUGAGCCAACAUCAAGAGCUGAGUGCUUUGUUUCUGGAACCGUGAAGAUGGCAGGCCUGGUGCGAUGCGGAAGCAACUACUCAUUGCCGUUCCUUCUUACUCUGAAUGCUAGAACAUUGCAGCUGACCGGACAACGCUCCUUUAAAACCUUCCCCACUUUAUGGAGUGAACAGACAGUAAAAGGAAGGCGCUACAAAGACCUUGUGGUUGGCGUUCCUAAGGAAAUAUACAGGAAUGAGAAGAGGGUUGCUCUUUCCCCCGCCGGUGUCCAAGCUUUAGUCAAGCAAGGUUUCAAUGUCCAAGUGGAACGUGGAGCUGGAGAAGAAGCAAAGUUCUCUGAUGAUCAGUACAAAGAGGCCGGAGCCAAGAUGGGGGACUUGAAAACAGUGUUUGGAUCCGAUAUUGUGUUAAAGGUCAGAGCUCCUUCUUUCAAUGAGGCAUUGGGUGUGCACGAGGCGUCCCUCCUCAAGGAGAAAGCCACGCUCGUGAGCUUCAUCUAUCCGGCGCAGAACCCAGAACUCCUUGACAAGCUGACGCAACGCCAGGCCACCGUCUUGGCCAUGGACCAAGUUCCUCGAGUCACUAUUGCUCAAGGAUAUGACGCCUUAAGUUCCAUGGCCAACAUUGCAGGGUACAAGGCCGUCGUCCUGGCAGCCAACCACUUUGGAAGGUUUUUUACUGGGCAAAUUACUGCAGCAGGAAAAGUCCCUCCGGCAAAGAUGCUCAUCAUCGGCGGAGGAGUAGCUGGCUUAGCUGCAGCUGGCGCAGCUAAAUCAAUGGGAGCUAUUGUCAGGGGAUUUGAUACCAGGCCAGCAGCUUUGGAGCAGUUCAAGUCCCUCGGUGCAGAACCUUUAGAAGUCAGUGUCGCUGAAGCUGGAGAAGGUGUUGGAGGUUAUGCCAAAGAGAUGUCCAAGGAUUUCAUUGAGGCAGAAAUGGCAUUGUUUGCCAAACAGUGUAAAGAGGUGGAUAUCAUUAUUAGCACUGCUCUUAUUCCAGGGAAAAAGGCUCCCAUCCUUAUCACUAAGAAUAUGGUGGAAUCCAUGAAAGACGGGUCUGUGGUUGUUGACCUUGCGGCUGAAGCCGGUGGCAACGUGGAAACCACCCAUCCUGGAGAGUUGCACAUCCAUAAGGGCGUGGUGCACAUUGGUUACACAGACUUGCCAAGCCGAAUGGCUACCCAGGCCAGUAGCCUUUACUCAAACAACAUCUUGAAGUUAUUAAAAGCCAUUUCUCCCGACAAAGAAUAUUUUUCCUUUGAGCCGAAGGAUGAUUUUGAUUACGGGACUCUUGAUCACGUAAUCCGGGGGACGGUGGUCAUGAAGGAAGGAAAAACAAUAUUUCCAGCUCCUUUACCUAAAACGUUGCCACCGACUGCUCCUGCGAAACCAAAAACUGUCCAGGAACUAGAGGCUGAGAAACAAGCUUCGCUUUCCCCAUUUAGGAAGACAAUGACCUCUGCCGGAGUGUAUACAACAGGCCUCACCUCAAUUUUAGGGCUGGGUCUCGUGUCUCCGAAUGCAGCUUUUACCCAAAUGGUGACUACCUUUGGACUUGCUGGAAUAGUUGGCUACCAUACCGUUUGGGGAGUCACACCUGCUCUUCACUCUCCUUUAAUGUCAGUCACAAAUGCUAUUUCUGGACUCACUGCUGUGGGUGGUUUGGUGCUGAUGGGGGGAACAUACCUUCCUUCCAGCGUACCACAGACAUUGGCUUUGCUGGCGGCAUUUGUUUCAUCUGUCAAUAUUGCAGGUGGUUUCUUAAUUACACAGCGAAUGCUGGAUAUGUUUAAGCGCCCAACAGAUCCACCUGAAUUUAACUAUCUGUACCUCCUCCCCGGCUCCGUCUUUGUUGGAGGAUAUGGCGCAUCUCUUCUCAGCGGAUACAGCAUUGAGCAGAUGAUGUAUCUGGGCUCAGGCCUCUGCUGCGUCGGCGCAUUGGCAGGGUUGUCCAGUCAGAGUACAUCAAGACUUGGCAAUGCUCUGGGCAUGAUUGGGGUUGCCGGUGGCAUCGCCGCAACGCUGGGCGCCCUGAAACCGUCACCAGAACUGCUGGCCCAGAUGUCUACGGCCAUGGCCAUGGGGGGCACCAUGGGUCUCACCAUUGCGAAACGGAUUGAAAUCUCUGACCUUCCGCAGCUCGUGGCGGCAUUUCAUAGUCUGGUUGGCUUGGCAGCGGUCCUGACCUGCGUUGCCGAGUACAUGAUCGAAUAUCCACACCUUGACGUCCACCCGUCUGCGAAUGUCCUUAAAACCGUCGCCUACUUGGGCACCUACAUUGGUGGAGUGACAUUCAGUGGCUCUUUGGUAGCGUAUGGAAAACUGCAAGGUAUAUUGAACUCUGCCCCACUUCUGCUGCCCGGUCGCCAUUAUUUGAAUGCUGGAUUGUUGACAGCUUCGGCAGGUGGAAUGAUUCCUUUUAUGAUGGACGCCAGCUACACCACUGGCAUGGCUUGCCUUCUUGGCGUUUCGGGGCUCUCUUCAAUCAUGGGAGUUACAUUGACGGCAGCUAUUGGCGGAGCAGACAUGCCAGUUGUGAUUACUGUUCUCAACAGCUACUCCGGAUGGGCCUUGUGUGCGGAAGGCUUUCUCCUUGACAACAACCUGAUGACUAUUGUUGGCGCCUUGAUUGGUUCUUCUGGGGCCAUCCUGUCUUACAUCAUGUGCGUGGCCAUGAACCGAUCUUUGCCCAAUGUCAUUUUGGGCGGAUACGGAACGACAUCUACAGCUGGAGGAAAACCCAUGGAAAUUGUUGGAACGCAUACCGAAAUUGGGACUGACCAAACCAUUGAGCUAAUCAAAGAAGCUAACUCGAUCAUCAUCACACCCGGAUGGGGCCUUUGUGCAGCCAAGGCUCAAUACCCCAUUGCCGACAUGGUGAAAAUGCUAACUGAGCAAGGAAAGAAAGUCAGAUUUGGCAUCCAUCCGGUGGCCGGCCGCAUGCCAGGGCAGCUGAACGUUCUGUUGGCAGAAGCCGGUGUCCCUUAUGAUGUGGUGCUGGAAAUGGACGAGAUAAAUGAAGAUUUCCCAGACACAGAUCUGACUCUGGUGAUCGGUGCCAAUGACACUGUGAACUCUGCAGCCCAGGAAGAUCCAAAUUCAAUUAUAGCUGGUAUGCCUGUAUUGGAGGUCUGGAAAUCUAAGCAAGUCAUUGUCAUGAAGCGCACUUUGGGAGUGGGCUAUGCUGCCGUGGACAACCCCAUUUUUUACAAGCCAAAUACCUCAAUGCUCCUUGGAGAUGCAAAGAAAACCUGUGAUGCUCUGCAAGCUAAAAUCAGGGAGGCCUAUUAUGUCCAUUAGUGUUUCCAGUCAGAAUUAGAAACCAGGCAGUGAGAAACAAUAUGGAAUAUUCUUAAUUUCAUCGGGAGAGUUGAGCACUUUGAAAUCAAUGCAACUUGGAACAGUAACUCUGAUUGGGUUGGAUGCAUAAUGUGUAUUGUUUCAGGACAGAGGCAGUUUCUUGGCUAUACACAAUUGCGAGGAAGGUGAAACAUAUUAGAUUAUGUGAAAAUGUAGCAGCUUCUAUGCCUUUAUGGGUGAAAAUGUAAAUCUCUGUAUUUAUUAAAAAAUAAUUCUGCCUAA